CUCAAUCAAAGUCAACCCUCUUUUAUACCUCAUCAAUGGUUAUAUGAAAAUAUUAAUACAAUCAUGCCUUAGAUGUUGAGUAUAAAAUGAGGUGAAGAGGAGGAGGGUUUCACAAAGCGUGGCUAGAAAUGGCAACGGUUCCGAUGGCAAGUUUGAGCAACGGGCAGUUGAUUCCGGUGAUGGGGAUGGGGACAAUGUCGGCAGCGGGACCAGAGGCGACGAGAGCCGCCAUCGUGGAGGCGAUCCGGGCCGGGUAUCGUCAUUUCGACACGUCGUAUUCGUACGGGACGGAGAAACCACUUGGGGAGGGGAUCAGGGAGGCGUUGGAGGCUGGAGUUAUAAAGUCCAGAGACGAGCUGUUCAUUACCUCCAAGCUGUCUUGUGGUUUUGCUGAUCCGCCUGUUGUUGUCGAUGGGAUUAGGGGCAGCCUCAGGAACUUGGGAUUGGAGUAUGUGGACAUGUAUCUGAUCCACAUGCCAUUGAAGCUGAAUCCUCAAGUGCGUCGAAUCCCAGUCGCAAAGGAGGACAUUUUUGCGAUGGAUCUCAAAGGGGUUUGGGAGGGAAUGGAAGAAGGCCAAAGGCUGGGCCUCACCAAAGCCAUCGGCGUCAGCAAUUUCUCUCCCAGAAGGCUUCAAGAACUGCUUUCCUUUGCCCAAAUACCCCCAGUGAUCAAUCAAGUGGAGAUGAGCCCACUUUGGCAUCAGAACAAACUAAGGGAGUUUUGUAAACAGAAAGGCAUUCAUAUAACAGCCUAUUCUCCUCUGGGUGCCGUCGGGACAUUCUGGGGCCAUAAUAAAAUUGUGGAUUCUGAUGUUAUAGCUGAAAUAGCCAAGCUUAAGGGGAAAACGAGUGCUCAGAUUGCAUUGAGAUGGGUUUAUGAGAAAGGGGUGAGCAUAGUGGCAAAGAGCUUCGACAAGGAGAGAAUGAGACAGAACAUUGACAUCUUUGACUGGUCGUUGACCGAGGAGGAAUCGGCUAAGAUCGAUCAACUUCCUCAGCACAAAGCUGUUGUGUUCGCCAAUAUUUAUGGGCCUCAUGACGUGGUACUCGACCUUGACGCAGAGCUUUGAACUAUAUAUUUUCUCCUACCUAAUUUGUACUCAAUCUAU